AAAGGUCUCGUGAAUGAAUUAUGAACACUUAAGAGCCUGAAUCGAAACAAUCACUCUUUGUGCGGUGGAAAAUUGGCUGAAUGUUGUUUUGCUUGUGUGAGAGCACACUCGUACCCCUAUUGUUCCUGUAAUUUUUGCUUGUUUGUGUAGGCAACGGCAACACCACAAAAUGCCAUAAGAGUGGGUGGCAAGAUUGAGAAACUAUGACUCACUGUCGGCAAUCAUGAUGCUCAGAGUUGAGACGACUUAAAAGCAAUUUUCAAUUAACAAAUUAACACAUUCUUUAUGUAUAAGAACUAUUUUUGGCUAAACGGUUCCAUAAAGAAACCUUCUGUUUCAAGAAAGGUUCUUCCUAAUAUAAAAAAGCAUGCAAAAAUGGUUCUUCCAUGGUUUCCUUGUUUAUCUAAACACCACAAAUGUGCUAUCUUUUUAUAAAGGACAAGAUUUUAGUCUAAUGUAGGCCAAUCACAUGCACCCAUGUUGCUUUUAGUGGCUUUUGAUCUGUGGUCGCCUCUAGAUGACAAACAUAUAUAUGACAAACAAGCGAACGGAAUAAAAUCUGCAUGGUGACAGAAAAGACAGAAGCCGAAUGUUCAGAUGAAAGAGUAGAUAAAGAGGGAGGUGAAAUGAACGGGAAAGCAGCCACUUAGAGAGAUAAAGAGGAGGAAAAGAGAUGCUGAGUGGCGCAGGUGACGGAGCUACACUUUCAGUCAGCCUAUGAGAGGAGAGAAAGCAAGUGCAGUGAGUUUUUUUGCGGCGAAGGCCCUGUAGAUCAGGACACAUUUUAACGGCUCGUAUAAAAAGUAAAACGUUAGCAAUACGUUUUUCGAUUACUUGAGCGCAUAUGAAGAGACUGAAUGAUUGCAGAAAUUCAGGUUGGGAAAUCUAGGUGGAAAAAGUUAGGAGAGAGGUAGUGGACCUAAGAAGCGAAAAGGGGCAAGCUGUGUGGGUAGAAGAAUUAAAAAUGAUGGCACCCUCAGUGUGAGCUGUGACUUGUAAGUUGUAAGUUUACAGCCUGCAGUGUAUGUGUGAACUAGUCUCCACAGUGUGGUUAAAAGUUUCUGCUGAGCAGAAACGUGUGCUGGCUUGACUCACUUUGCUUCUGCUGCUAAAAAGUUAUGGACUCCACUGUACUGUUGUCGGUGGUAGGCGGGGCUCUCCUCCUGUCAAUCAUAUUUGUAACCGGUCUGUGUAUUAACUGUUUUCGGAGCAAGCAGCCAACAACCAUCUCUCAAAGAUCCAGUGACUCCAGUCCAGAACACCCAACACCGGGUUUUGUGGUUCGACAUCCCCAGUCUACAUAUGCAUCCUAUCCGGACCAUAACAGAAUCAACUACCAACAUACCCAACUACCCCAUUCUCUCAGUUCUCCAUCAUUUAGUUCUGCAGUGAAGUCUCCCUCAUGUCCCCCUUCUGAAACUGGAAGUCAAGCCAGUUAUGUGAACCAAAGCGACAGAGAAGAUGAGCCAUACCAACAGCCCACAGAUGAAACAGACAAUAAUUACAUAACUGUGAUUCCUGAUUCGCAGAGCAAAGCAUCGUCCCAUAGCUCAGGAGAAAAUUAUAUAAACGUUGGGGACGCGGAGGAUGAAUCAGACAAAGAUGAUAAUGAUUAUAUAAAUCUCCACAACUCACCUCUAGCUCAGUCCUAUGACAGUAAAAACAGUGAUGACCGGGGGAGCUCUGAUUAUGUCAACACAGCCCCUAAUUUAUUAUAAUCAAGAUGUUUCUUGGUUGGAUCUACUUUCUUUUAACCCAAGGAUGAUGGGAUGUCAAAGACCUAAGAGAACCAGAUGAGUUUUGAGAUGUGCCUAGAUGUUGUAAUUUAACAAGCAUAUCACUGUCAUCUCUCCAGAUAUUUCUACUGCUUCUCUCAACCAUUAAAAACAGAUCUGCUGACGAUACCUGAGAAUGUUUUUAUAGUUUUUCUGUUUAAGUAUUUUUGCUAUUUACAAUGUACUGCAUACUGACUUUUACUUUCAAAAAUAUGACCACACCACUUUGAAGAAUUUCGUUGACUGUUUGAAUAUACAAUGUAUUAUACAACUUUGUUAUUAAUAUGAAUAAACAACUAUUUGUUUA